CAUAAAUAUGACCUUUAUUCGGACAAAUUCGAAGCACUUUCAAUUGAGAUCAUGAUGAUGAUGAUGAUGAUGUGAUCAAGAAUGAAGUAUUUUGAAUAUCAACCAUUUGACAUACAUAGAUACAUAUAUAUAUCUAUUCCUCAUAUUCUAUAGAGAUACUUUUACUUUAGGAAGAAAAACACACACACUUUCCUACUAUCCUUUUCUUUCAAGGAUUAAGAUUAUGGAAUCAUACAACUCGAAUAAAAAAGAAGAAGAAGAAGUGAGAAUGUAAAUGAUUGAUAAUACAGUUGACAACUGUCUUUAACUAUAGACAGUUGUAUAAUGAUGAUAGUAAAUAGAUAUAACUCAAGUAUAAAUUCCUUCAAUUAUUCUUGUUAGUUAACAUGUCAGAAGAACAACAUAUCAAUAUAAAUAAUGAAUACUGUCCAAUAACACGUUUAUCUUAUCCAUUAUCUUAUUUAACUGGUAUAAAUGAAGAUAUACGAGGUGAAUUAGUACAUUCUAUUAUUGAUUUACAACAACAACAACAAGAACAACAAGAACAAUCUAUGAAUACAUGUGCAGUACCAAUCAAUGUAUGUUGUGUUUGUUCUAAUGAUGAAAAUGAUUUACAAUCAUUACAUUCUGAUGUUCAAGUGUUAUGCGCUACUCCAGGUUGUAAAUAUAAUGGUCCAAUACAUAGAAAGUGUUUAGAACAUUGGGAUGCAUGUUGUGAUUUCUAUUGUCAUUUAUUAAAUAAUUCAUUCAAUAAUUCAUUACUACAAAAAUCAUCAACAUUUGAAACAAUUUCAACAAUAAAACCAACAAUAUCAUCAUCAUCAUCAUCAUCAUUUUAUCAAAUUUCAAUGAUUCACCUUUACAUAAAUCAUUUAUGGAAGGUUUAUUUCGACUUUAUGAAUGUCCAGCAUGUGGUCAAUAUACAUUGUAUAGAUCAUCAAUUCAUUCAACAGUAUCUUCCACUUCUAAUGCUACUGACAUCACAAACAUUAUCGUCUACAACAUCUAAUCAUUUUACAAGUGUUUUAUGCGCUAUUCAAUAUGCUACUGAAAAAUUAAAUCAAUCUGAAAAUUCAAUUCAAUCAACAUUAUUACACUCUGAUCCAUAUUCACAAUGUAAACAAUAUACUUCAAAUUCACCAGUGAAUUAUAUUGGAUCAAUGGAAUUAUCACCAAAUUUCUUAGAUGAUUUAAAAUCUACAUCGAAAAUACCCAUAACAAAUUCAUCGACAACGGUAAGUCAGUUUAGUAGUAGUAGUAGUAGUAGUAGUAGUAGUAGUACUACUACUACUACUACUACUACUACUACUACUACUACUACUACUACUACUACUACUACUACUACUACUACUACUACUACUACUACUACUACUACUACUACUACUACUACUACUACUACUACUACUACUACUACUACUACUACUACUACUACUACUACUACUACUACUACUACUACUACUACUACUACUACUACUACUACUACUACUACUACUACUACUACUACUACUACUACUACUACUACUACUACUACUACUACUACUACUACUACUGUAGUGAACUAUGUAAGAUUAUUAUGGGAUGUAGGUCAUUUAAUCACACGAUAUUCAUUAAGUCGUGAAACAAAUGAUCCUACUAAAUUUUCAACUAGUAAUACAUCAAGUAGUAUGAGUAGUGGAUAUCACAGUGGUUUAUCAACCGGUGAACAUACUGUUGAUCCUAGUCGCCGUUGUAGUGACAAUUCAUAUGAUCAAUUCAUGUUAUCAAUGAAAGGAGAAGAUAUUAUGAAAGGGAAUGAAGAUAAUUGUAUACCAUGGGAAAUUACAAAUAAUCAAACAGGUCAAUCAAUACCAAGAGCAUUAAUCAAAGGGAAACUACCAAACGAUGCAACUAUGUUAAAUGAUGUUAUCAAGUAUUCGAUUGAUUCAUCUAUGCCAACAACAAGAAAGAGUUAUUCAUCAACUGUAAACUUGGAUGAUCUUUUUGAUAGAAGUUUAGAUACUACUGUGAAUAACAAUACGACUAAUAACAAUGACAACAACAACAACAACAAUGUUGGUAACACUAAUCUUAUGAAUAGACCACUUUCAGCGAUUGGUAGUCGACGUCAUCAUUCUACAUCUGAUGGUUCUGGAAAUAUCAGCUCUUCAACUGUUGGAGGUACUACUAAUACUACGACGACUACUACUACUACUAUUACGACGACGACUACAAAUACUUCUUUUCAUCAUAAUGUUAAAUCCAAUCCUUCAUGGUCAAAUGAUUCAAUCGGUAAAUCAAGAAUGACACAUUGGCAUGGUAAUAGUAAUAUUGAGACGAAAAUAAAAAAGGUUGUUAAUACCAAAGGAAAUAUAUUUCUACAAAGGAAUGAUUUCAAUGUAUUCAUGAAUUUACCAAAUUAUAAACAAAAUGCUUAUUUCAUUCAAAUGGAUGAUGACAGUUGUACAGGAAAUGAAGAUACACGUGCAUUUCUAUUAGCACAGUUAACAAAUCAUCGAGUUUCUGAAGUCUACUGUUUAGCAUGUCAACAAAUUCUGCCAAUUUAUGAUCAUUUUCCUGUGAUAGAUGGUAUCUUUUUCAUCAGUCCAUUAUGUCAUCGUUCUAAUGAAGGUCAUCGUAAGGGUGGUGGCCUACGGGUCACUUGGCAUACAAAUGGUAUACAGAAUCAAUCUGUUCAACAACAACAGCAAACUCAUCGAGCACACAAUGCUACUACUAACAACACUGAUAACAGUAGUAUCAGUAAUCAUUUAAUUUCAUCGACAAAUGAUUAUCAAUCUAUAAAUGAAGUAGCUUUGAAACUUUUGGCUCCAUUAAAGAUUAUCUCACCACCACCUGGUUGUCUUGGACCUAGGCAACAAUUAAAUUCAACACAGCAUAAUAUGAUUAGUACUGGUACCGUUGGGGGUGCGGGCUCAAAUCAAGGUACUGGUAAUAAUAAUAACAAUAGUAGUAUACCAUCUAGAUUUUCAACAAAUCAUUCAUCUACUAGGCAAUGCCGUUAUUUACAUGCUCUAUGCUUGAAUUGUAUGCAUUCAGAGAACAUGACGGCCACUGGUCGAGUAAAUGAUUUAAAACGUAUUAAAUGCAAAAUUUGUAGUAAACCUUGGUCUGGCACUUCAUUACUAGUUGGUGGUCUUUACACUUAUGAUAUAUUUGCUGCUGUACCAUGUUGUUCAGCUCAUUUAACAUGUGGUUCAUGUCAAUCACGUUUAGAUAAUUUAUCACUAUCAUCCAAUUCAACAAUAUCGUCCCCCUCCUCCUCCUUAACAACAACAAAUACUACAACAACUACAAGUACAUUACAAUUAUCAUCAAAUGAUCUACCUCAUCAACAUCAAUAUCAUGAUCAAAAUCAAUUUCCAAUCAAUAAUAUUGAUCAAUCGAUAAAUAAUCUUACAAUUAAAUCUUAUCCAUUAAAUUAUUUUAGUCAAUAUAGUAAUUUAAUUAUUUGUCCAUAUUGUUCUAAAGUGGAUUAUCAUUUUGUUAAAUUAUUUGAAGAUUAUUAUGAAGUUAAUAAUUGAUUAUUAAAGUUCUUUUUUUUUACAUUUCAACUUCACUAUCGUACAGGAUCAUUUCAUUAUACUUUUGAUAUUUUACUUCUCAGGGUGUUUUACUUUUUUUUUGCUUUCUGUUUCAACAAGUUAAUACAAUCGAGCAAUUCAAACAACCAGACAAACAACACAAACACAAACAAACGGACA